GUGGGCUAAGCCCAUUUGAAAAAAAUCCUGCCCAAAACAACCCAACUUAUUCUCAGUUUGCCUUUCUCUGCUCUACUCAGCGCAGCUGUCAGCUCAAGGAAAACGAGAAAAGAAAAUCAAUCAAAAAUAAAUAAAAGAAGAAACCCUCACUCUCUGAUUCUCGCAUAAGUUCAGAUUUUCCGGUACUGUAAGGUUAAUGGUUAGAAAACUGAGAGCAAAAAAGAAAGGUUUUUUUUUUUUUUUUUUUUCUUUUAGUUUUUUAAUUUUGUUUUGUUAUAAUGGGGAAGCUUAAGAAUGUUACAUGUUAUGAUGAAGUUGCUGAGAUGUUGGAGGAUUUAAGGCUUGAUAGUCUGAAAAAUUGUGGCAUGUUGGAAAGUUUUAGGCCUAGUUAUGGCAGUAAUAGUAAGGGAGGUGAAAAGGAAAUUAUCGAAAAUUGUAAGGAAAUUGACAUGGAAGAAUAUUCGAGGUAUGAAAUGUUUUUGAGCGAUCCAGAGCAGUUUGGUUAUCUCCAUGAUGAUGAUGAUGAGGAAGACAUGAAGAACGAUCCUGAAUAUAAGAUUUUUUAUGAGAAUAUAAAAGAGGAUGAGGAUGGGGAAUCAUACUUGGUUGAAAUUCCAAUGAGUUCUGGCAUCUCGCUUAUACUUAAGUACGAGGAAAAGGAAGAAGGGUCCUCCGGGAAUGUGGAUAGAAAGAGAAAUUUUAAGAGUCAUUCGAAAAGAGUGAAGGUUAAGGAUCCAGAAAAUUUAGGUGGUUUUUCGAGGAAGGCAGACACUGAGACACCGAAAACUGUGAAGAAGACUUCAGAGAUUGGAAAUGAGGGAAGUAAGAAUAAACUAAGAGAUGUUCCUGGUGAGGAAAGAAAGAGUCCAGUUGAUGAGAAGGAAGUAAAAGAGGAAGCUGAUGUUGAUUCUGUUCCUUAUAAAUCAAGUGGAGAACCUUCUAAGAAGAUGAAUUGGGUUAUGAUGGAUUCUCUGGAAAAGCCUGGCAAGAAUAUGGAACUGAGCUAUGAAAGUGAUCACACAAGUAUACAUCUGAAAAAUGAUGGAAGUUGUUCUGAUUUAGAGAUAUUUGUAUUGGAUAAUAUGCCUUUUCAUGAAGGAGAUAUUUCACCAUUUGUUCCAUCAAAAUGCUAUCAAUCAUUGCAUGGUGAAGAGAGUUGGGAUGGCAUCAGAACUUCUAGCCAGUCUCAGUUCAGGGAGAAGCUUAUGGAUCUUCUUAAAAUUCCUUAUGAUCGACAGGAGUUUGAAAAUCUUUGGCGAGAAGUAACUUGCAGAAAACCAGUUCAGCGUGUUAAAGAAUUGCGUUAUGGACGAAUGAAAUCAUAUUCAACCAAAACUAAUGGAAAAUCAUACCUUGAUUGGUAUGAAGAACUGAGAAUGAAAAUUGAUGAAUUCAGGCAUGACCGGCAAAAAAUUUUAUAUCUCUUACGUGGAUUUUUCUUUUGGUUGGAGAAUACUGCUCAUGAAGGUGCUUUUCAGCCUUGGUUGGACGCGUUGUAUCUGAAUGCUUUGGGAUGACCAGAGAUUUUAUCUGAAUUGAGAUCAAUAUAUCUAAGUAUUAUAAAGCAAAUGUUGACAGAUGCAGCUGUAGCAUUGGGUACACAUGUAUAAGAGCUCACUUGCAAAGAUUUUGACAGGUAACGAACGUAUGCAUCAAGCUUCUCUGCUGAAGAUACAAGUUUUGGUGGCCAAAGAUUUUGGGCUUGAUGCUACAUUGUGAAUUGUGAUGCCUUUUAAACUGAUAC